AGCAAGAGCAGGAGCAAGAGCAAGAGCAAUAGCAAAGCGGAGACUGGAUCAUCACAAGGACAUGAGCCCACCCAAGUCCAUUAACACCCACACCCGCAGAGAAAUAAAACACCACCGGCUCGGGCUCUGGUAAUCAGGCAGGCUCAAUCAGUGGGAAUAAGUUGAUGAUCUGUCGUCUCUAAGCCGCCCGCCACGACGCGCCAUCCUCCACCAUCUUCUUCCUCCCUCCCUCUUAAAAGCCCCCGCUUCCUUGCCUCUUCAAGCCCAAUUCCCCGCCCACUCCCUCCGUCCACCGCCACCCAAGAGAGAGACAGGCUCUCUAGAUUCUAGCCCCGCAGCAAGCAUCGGAUCAAACCAUCUAGUAUUAUUUCAGGAGGGCUCUGCCCGCCGGCGCCGCGGUUGGAAGACACAGAGAUAGACGGAUGUUGGGGGGCGGGAAGAUGAAGGGCGGGGACGCGGUUAGCGGCGGCGGCAGCAGCAACAUUAGCCCCAUGGUGUCCUUCCUGCUGGGCGCCGCCGUGGCCACCGUCUGCGUCCUCUUCUUCAUGUCCGCCAGCCCCGGCCGCAGCCUCGUCGACGUCGCCGCAUGGAGCCACAACAACGGCACCGCCGCCCAGCACCACCACCACCUGCGCUCCGUCGCCGACGACGCCGACGCCGCCCGCAACCUCUCCGUCGUCGUCGCCGCUCCGGCACCCGCCCCCGUCCAGGCGUCGCCGUACGGGGACCUGGAGGAGGUGCUGGCGCGGGCGGCGACGGCGGACCGGACGGUGAUCAUGACGCAGAUCAACGCGGCGUGGACCAAGCCGGGCUCGCUGCUGGACCUCUUCUUCGAGAGCUUCCGCACCGGGGAGGGCGGCGUGGCGCGCCUGCUCGACCACCUCGUCAUCGUCACCAUGGACCCGGCGGCGUACGCGGGGUGCCAGCUCGUGCACCCGCACUGCUACUUUCUCAGGACGACCGGCGUCGACUACCGCGGCGAGAAGUUCUUCAUGAGCAAGGACUACCUCGAGAUGAUGUGGGGCCGCAACAAGUUCCAGCAGACCAUCCUCCAGCUCGGAUACAACUUCCUCUUCACGGACGUGGACGUGAUGUGGUUCCGGGACCCGUUCAAGCACAUCUCCAUGGGGGCGGACAUCGCCAUCUCCAGCGACGUCUUCAUGGGCGACCCCUACAGCCUCGGCAACUUCCCCAACGGCGGCUUCCUCUUCGUGCGCUCCUGCAACAAGACCAUCGAGUUCUACCGCCACUGGCAGGCCGGCCGCUACCGCUUCUUCGGCAAGCACGAGCAGGACGUGUUCAACCUCAUCAAGCACGACAUGACGGACCGCCUCGGCGUCGCCAUCCAGUUCCUCGACACCACCUACAUCAGCGGCUUCUGCCAGCUCAGCAGGGACCUCAACAAGAUCUGCACGCUACAUGCGAAUUGCUGCGUCGGGCUCGGGGCCAAGCUCCAUGAUUUGAGGAAUGUGCUGGACGUGUGGAGGAACUACACGGCGGCGCCGGUGCCCGACAAGAGGGCCGGCAAGUUCCAGUGGAAGGUGCCCGGGAUAUGCAUCCACUGAUCCAACUCAUUGAUGAGUUGGUUGCCCAUUCUUUCUGUUCUUCUUGCUUCGCCUUCUCCUUCUCGUGGAAAGAGAGGGAGGGGAUUGAGAGGGUCAGCAUCGAUCGAUUGAUUCAUUUUGUGAAAUCAUUUCAGCUAGAUGAUUAUUAGUAAGUUAUUAUACUGUAUAUGUACACAAACAUACACAGAGUAGCAGUACUCCAGUAUGCGUGCAGCACAUGCAUGCAUGUAUGCUGGUCCUGGCCGACCCUCCCUGGCCUGUAAUUAAAGAUGAAUGAGUAAAGCAGUAGCCUGUUUAUGCACCA